GUCACAUUGUAAUAUAAAGUGAUAUAAAGCAAUAUAUGACCAUGUAAAAGCACCAUAAUCAGCAUAAUCCCCAGCAAGAACUCACCGGUUUACUGAUGCUAGCACCAUUUGCAACUCGGAAGGCUUCCUGAUUUCAAUUGUCGUUGGCAGGAUUGUCAUGUUUCAAUGGCACGCAGAUAACGGCCUCGGCUAUCUUGCAUCAUGAGGCAGAUGCAGCUCUUUGGAUGGAAGAACCGAGUUCCCGAGGAAGGUAUCUGCAUCACUUCUUUGCAUAUGAUUCUUGCAUUUCAAGCAGACACGUCAUGUCUCUGGAACCGGUUUUCCGUCAGCCGCAGGGCGCUUCCUUUGAUGAAGGGGUUAUUCGUGGCACCUAUCAAUAGGGUCUCGGUGUCAGACGACUACUCUGGUCAUGCCUCCCUCGAUCUUGCAAUAUGUCCGCCUCAAUUUCGGCGUCCCAAUGGGGUUUUCCCUACUGCUCCCAAGAAAGCUCUGCUUAUUCAUGGGUUGACUGAAUGGUCGGGUGCAUGGGAGGGCCUCGCUCAGCUAUUAGUAGCAGAAGGGUUCUUUGUCGUGGCACCGAAUCUCCUCGGGCAUGCAUGGAGACGAGGGACCGACUACCGUGUGUCCACCCUUGCAGAGGAUCUCCGACCAUACUUCAUCCAAGACACAUCCUACGACGCCUUGUCGCUCUUGCAAUUCUUGCCCAAAACGAAAGAAACUGCUGUCAUACUCCUCGAUCCACCUCUCGAGAUAGAGGGGACAAGCGAAAUGCAUAAAGGUUGGUUUCUGAACGAGGUCACGAAUAUCAGAUCCAUCGAGGAGAUAGAUGAUGAUCGUGGUUGGUCACGACGUGACUGCGUGUUACGUGUAUUAGGAGUUUCAAUGUGCGACCGUACCACUGUCGAGGGAAUCUUCUCGGUAAUAUUGCAACUUGUGGACAUGGUGAAUGUUGCUGACACUUCUGCCGUUGUGAUGAACAGCAUAACGAGCCAUGGUCUUUCAGUGGCCUGCUCAGAAACAUUCCCCCCUCAUGUGAAGAUCACCGUGCUGGCAUCAGAUCCGGAGGCCGGCGCCGUUUGUGAUACGGAGCACAUCCCUAGUGACGUUGAGAGACUGAAUGUCAGAGUUCUUCCGGGCAUCGGCCACUGCAUUCACUACGAGAAUCCAGAUGCUAUUGUGGAUUCAAUCCAACUACCAAGAGCGAAGCUUUGA